AUGCCUCCAUCCAAACAAUAUCUCUCGCCUCUCGAGACGUUGUCCCAGGUCUACUUGAACAAGUACUCCCUUGUGCUAGCGUUGGUGGCCAUCAAGGUCUAUCUCUUCAAGCGAGCAGUUCUCGCCAACAUUGAUGCGGUUGCUCUCCAGAAUGAGUGUGACAAAUUGGCCAACGAGUAUCCUGGCAAAGUUUCGCUGCUUAUCAACAGCUACAUCCUCGAUAACCUCUCCAAGGCUCGGUACAGCUACUUGGUACUUAUACAGGCGCUCGUGUCUACGGUAAAGCACUUGGUGUUGUUCUAUGUGGAGCUCUUCCUCGGAACCUAUACCUGUCUCUUGAACGCAGCCGUGAGUGGCACCGCCAAUUUCGCAGUUGACACCUCGAAGAAUGUGAUAGUCAUGGUCAAUUCGACCAUUGUGGAUGUCACUCAUGACAUUCAGGACGGCUUGGACGGGCUCUCAGCCGUCAUCCAGACGUUGGUGUCCAGUUUGGACAAGAUCAAGGCGUUCUUCACAGGCAAAGACCCCACCACCACCCAGUAUGAGGACAAAAUCAAGCUCUCUAUCGGAGCAUUGAGGAAGCUCUCGAUCCCCACUUCUGUGCUUUCCAGCAUCGAGGAGUUCCGCAACUCCACCGUGCCAACGUUUGACCAGUUGCAAAACACAACUUCUGUCCUCAUUGCAUCUCCCUUUGACCUUGUUAGCCGCAAACUUGGUGAGUCGUCUUUCAACUCCAGCUUGGAUAGCUCCAGACAGCUCCUCGGCAACGAGUCCCUUCCUGUGAUGCCCAACGGGGCCUGUUCCAGCCGUAUAGCUGACACGGUUAGCCAAUUACACAAAGACGUGGAUUUGGCUGCGAAAAAAAUCCUAUUUGGUAUUGUUGCUGCUGCUGUAGUAGUGUGCCUUCCUUUGGCCUACACCCACGUCAGGGCCUGGAGAAGAGAGGCCAGGUUGAUGGAUGAGUUGGAGGAUUCUCAUGUUUCCCCGGUAGUGAUGUUGAAUGUGUUGAACCGCUACGAAAACCCGCUUCUCUAUUACCUUCAUAAGUUUGCCGGUUUGAGGCGUACCAGCACCAUUUGGUUGAUCAACUACAUCACUUCUGUUUACUCCAGGGUAGUCCUAAUGAUGGGGUUUACCGGAUUGAUCGCGGUGCUCUCGCAGUGGAUGCUUUUGCGUAUAUUUGUGGAUGCGAUCAAGCAACCACUCGAUCCCAAACCUACAAGUACCAACUCAACCGUCGAUGUUUCCAAAGCCUUCAUUGCAGAUACCAACAAGUACAUAGCAGCGCAAGAGUUGAUCCUCAAUGAAGAGCUUUUCGGGCACAUCCACAACGUUUCCACCAGUUUGAAUUCCACUCUCGUUACGUUCAUGGCCAACUUGAACAGGACCGUCAACGACAUGUUCGGAAGAACUCCACUCUCGGGUCCUAUCAACACCAUCGUGUAUUGUACUUUGGGCCGUAAGGUCGAAAAAAUUGAAAAUGGAAUAACCUGGCUCAACAAGAACCUCAAAAUAGCCAUUCCCCUCGUCGAUGAAGGUCUCGAGACUCAAAUUGAAAAUUUGAUCACCUCCAAAAAUGUGAUGCCUAUGGCCCAAGAUGGCUUGCGGAGCAUUGAACUGUCAUACAAGAAUACUCUACGGUGGGAGUUGUACGUUUCAAUUGGCCUUUGCGGUUUGUGGGUAAUACAAAUCAUCACUGGAAUCUCCAUACUUCUCUUUAAGCAUUAUCUGUCACGGAAUAGUGGCUCUACUAUAUCUUCCGUUCGUGAUAAAUUUAUGGUAGAUCCGGCCACAAUAGGCGACCCUAAGCCACUCACAUUGAAAGAAAGGCAAUCGUACGGAUACCCAUUUUGCAACCCCUAUGAAGAAUCCAAACUGCCAAAGAAAUACCUGGAAGAUGAAAAGGACUUGGAUCCAUGCGUCCGCAGCUCCAGCAUCUAUGGUUCGUCUCACGUCGAGUUCCCUACUCGUACAUCGAGCACGGUGAGAACCUACAAUCACUAG